ACAAGGCCCGGCCCAUGUCAUUCUAUCCUCAGCUCGUCCGAGAGAUUCCCAUCCCACAAAAAUUAACCCAAAACCCUGGAUCGCUCCAAUUUUGUCAACGACAAACAAGCGAAGGGGAGCACGCAGAAUCACUCUCCCCCUAAUUCAAGUCAGCACAAAAUCAGAGAUGGGCGUCACGAAAGAAAACGUCGAAUCGGCUCUCAAUUCUGCCCUCAGCCCUUCCCAUCUCCAAGUGAUCGAUACAUCCGGAGGGUGUGGGGCGAGCUUUGAGAUUGAAGUGGUGUCGGAGAAGUUCGAGGGGAAGAGGUUGCUGGAGAGGCACAGGAUAGUGAACGCUGCGCUUGCGGAGCAGAUGAAAGAGAUACAUGCGCUGUCCAUUAAGAAAGCGCAGACUCCUUCGCAGUGGAAUCCACAGCCGGCCCAGGCUUAGACCUCGGUUUGUGUUAUUUGAUUACUGCUACCCUUUGAUACGAUUCAAUUGCAAGUCAUAAGCCCUUUGGGAAUUGUUGCAUGUUUAUUAUGCGUGAUACAUCUUAAAAGUUUGUGACCAACUACUGAGUAAUUAUUAUUUU